AUGUUUGGACUUUUCAAAUCUCCUGGGAACAACAAAGCUCCCAAUGAAACCAAAGGAGGAGCAAUCAAUCCUGGAAGAAGAACUUCUUCUGAACCAAUCCUGAUCACACCAGAUUUUGAUGAGGAUGAUGAAAAGUACAAGAAGGGUUUCAGCAACUCUGGUGACCUGCAGAGCCAAACGACAGAGGAUUUAGAGAAGUACGCGGUUUAUAAAGCCGAAGAGACAACCAAAGGUGUCAAUAACUGUCUUAGGAUCGCUGAAGAUAUAAGAUCAGAUGCUACAAAAACGCUUGAUAUGUUGCAUGCGCAAGGUGAACAGAUCAACAGGACUCAUGUUAUGGCUGUUGACAUGGAUAAAGAUCUUGGUCGGGGAGAGAAGCUUUUGAACAGCUUAGGAGGGAUGUUUUCUAAGCCAUGGAAACCUAAGAAGGGUAAAGAGAUCACAGGACCUAUGAUCACACCAGAUAAAGCGUCGAAGAAGAGCGCGAAUAACAAGGAAGAGCGAGAGAAACUUGGUUUGACUGGAAAAGGACGGUCCAGUAGCCAACCUGUAGACCAACCAACAAACGCUUUGCAGAAAGUGGAGCAAGAGAAGGCAAAGCAAGACGAUGGACUUUCAGAUUUAAGUGACAUUUUGGGUGAUCUUAAGGGCAUGGCACUUGACAUGGGAUCUGAGCUCGACAAGCAAAACAAGGCUCUUGAUCAUCUCGACGGCGAUAUUGAUGAGCUCAACUCUCGUGUUCAAGGAGCUAAUCAACGAGCACGUCACUUGCUUUCCAAAUAA